CUGUGAUCGGCAGCGAAUUAUUUUUACCAUAUUUUCAUACACAAUGGCGCCUUACGAUAGUGAAUCCUCUGGUGGAGAGGAGGAAGAAGAAUAUACCGAGACCAACGUACUUCUAGGCUAUGCAUCCAAAGAUGCGGAAGAAGACACGAUAAGUCGUCUUGGUGGCCGACCAGAAUGGCUCGAUCCCGAUGCGCCACCGUCUGGGGCCCUUGCGAGGUGCAAAAUCUGCAAGGAACUGAUGGUUCUUCUUCUACAACUCAAUGGCGAACUCCCCGACCGAUUUCCCGGCCACGAACGACGGCUCUACGUCUUCUCCUGUAGGCGGAAGAACUGCCGGCGCCGAGAUGGAAAUAUUCGCGUUCUGCGCGGGGUACGGGUUGCGCCUGGAAGUAAGACCGUGACGGAAAAGAAAGUGGAAAAAGAGGAGGAGAAGGAUAAGGUGGCGAAAGAAGAGCUAGAGCCUCCCACAAACCUGGGAGAGACGCUCUUCGGCGCGAAAACACUGGGUUCCUCGAAAUCAGCGAACCCUUUCUCAACAUCGGCAUCGACCUCAAGCAACCCGUUUGCCAGCUCAAGCAACCCCUUCUCCAGUCCUCCUCCAAUCGAAGCCAAGUCUAAGCCUGCCGAGACACACUCAAAAGAGUCAACCCAAGAAUCCAUCAAAGACCUCCCCAAGACCUUCGCAGAAACCCUCUCCCUAAACAACUUUCAACCCACCUCCGGCCCCCUUCCCCCGCCCGAGCCCUGGCCAGCAGAGAAGGAAUUCCCCGCCGCAUACCCGAUAUCGUAUCUGACCGACGCCGACUACGAAACCCUCGAGCCCACCCCUCCACCUGUCUCGCAAGCCACGGCACGCAUGGACAUCGACGACCCGGCAACUGCAAGCGGGGGCAAGGAAGACCGCGAAGUCUUCGAGUCAUCCAUGGACUUCGACUUUCAAAAAUUUGCCGACAGGCUCGCGCAGAACCCGGAGCAGGUUAUUCGGUAUGAGUACGGCGGCCAGCCACUACUCUACUCAAAGACGGAUGCCGUGGGCAAGCUGUUUGGCCUGGGGGGAAGGGUCAUACCGCGGUGCGGGAACUGUGGUGCGGGGAGGACGUUCGAGGUGCAGUUGACGCCAAAUGCAAUUGCCGAGUUGGAGGCGGAGGAUAUGAGUCUGGAUGGUAUGGACUGGGGGACGGUGAUAGUUGGGGUUUGUGAGUCGGAUUGUCAAGCAAGGGCGGUGGAUGAGGGAAAGGCUGGGUAUCUGGAGGAGUGGGUUGGUGUGCAGUGGGAGGACCUUACUUCGACGAGAUAGAAUGCGGCCGCUGGGCUGUAGAUGAUUGACGAUUGAUUGCGGCUCACAAAAGUGCCCCUCAGGGCAGAGUGAAUAAUAUGGCUCGAUUUUCUCUUGACCCAAUUAUCUAAGUAGCAAAACGUCGCUCUGCGUAUUCACUUGGUCGGCCGCAGUGACCUUGCUUGGUUGAAAGCCUUAGUAAUGUAUUACACAACUACAUAAGAGAAACUAUUGCGUUCCCCAGACAGUGUGCUGGGCGCAGCGCUUGGGCCAAUUGCCCAUAGAUAGCCCUUCCGUAGCUGCAGCCUCUGGGACUUAGUCUUAUCAUCACCAAUACAACCCUCUUGUUUAUAUUGUCCACA